AUGCGCGUCAUGGCGGCCCGGGUGAGGCAGAUCGAAUCGUCUUCUGUCACUGGGAGUACUGCCCCCAGCAUCAUUCCGGCCUCCGGGUCAACUGUCUCCUCCUCGUCGAAUAAUGCGGGUUUACAGCGCAUUAUGAAUCGCCCUCAGUCACCUUCUUACGUGGGGCCGACCAGCGCGGAGUUCGGGCUCACGGCCCGUCAGAAAUCAGUAGAUGAUAGCGAUGGGGAUGACCUGGCGUCUACGGCUGCGGCGAGCCCUGCUCCGCCGUCUGAUACGGAAGCCAUGUCUGCUGAUCCUUUGGGGUGUUUGGGGCUAGCGGAGGCCUUGCGUCUGGUAACGGUGUACGAGAAUACAGUUGGUUUGAUGUAUCCGUGCGUCGAUCUCGACAGCGUACGGGCCUAUGUCGCCGAGUACUAUCGAACCGAGGGACGUCCAGGGCCGACCUCUCCGGUAACGAUGGAUCAGGAUUGGUUCUUCGCGCGCGAUGUCGAGGUGCUGAAGAUUAUUCUGGCGACGGCGUUGCUGGCGGAGUCGCAUGGACGCAGCGAGAGGGCGGCGUUCCUGGCUGAUAGCGUGGAGGAUCGGUUUGCGACCCGAGUGAAGAUUGCAGAGGUCGAUAUGAAGGAGUUGUUGAUCUUGACGUUACUGUCUAUCUUCCACUCCUAUCGCGAUGACGAGGUUAUCUCCUGGCGUCUCAUCGGCAUGGCUGUCCGCGGCUCUAUGCAGCUCGGUCUACACUGCCAAGAAACCUGGUUGCAAACCGGAGGCGUGUUCCCCGGGGAGCUGCAAUGGACCUGGGCGAGUCGGCUGUUCUGGUGUAUUUACGUACUCGACCGCAAAUGGUCGUUCGGUACGGGUUUGCCGUUUGCCAUUCAGGACUCGGACAUGGAUACUAACCUGCCGGAACCGGGCACCUCGACCCCCUAUCUCACAUGCAUGAUCACCUACGCUCGAUUGAGCACGAAGAUUUGGGGCUUGGUAGUUGGCUGGCGCAGUCGGCCUCGUUCCGCGACCUCGGAUUACUGCUCCUACCUUGACUUCCAAGUCCAACAAUGGAUUCAAUCCAUUCCGCGGGAGUUGCGAUUCGAUCCAUCCCAGCGCAAGUCAGAUACCGAUCCGCAGGCGGAUAAUAUGAUGAUGCUUCAAGUCUUGCUGGCGCUGCAGGCCAAUCAGCUGCGUAUCCUUGUCUAUCGACAGAAUCUUCUCACGAACGAGAGCAUCGAAACGAACGUCUCCGGCGCCACCACUGCUGUUGAGACAGCCAAAAGCUCUAUUCACAUGCUCGAUUUCUUUUCCCGCGUCUCGGACAUCUAUUUCCAGCGUCCGGAGCCGUUCAACUAUUUCCUGAUCUCUGCAUUAGCUGCGCUCUUUCUGGCCGUUUUGCAUUCUCCCUCGAGAUUCAGUCAAAUCUGUCGGCCGGAGUUCUAUGCCGCGGUCGAUAUGGUGAGGAAGUCGUCGACGAGAGCGCGAACCUCACGACGUCUACAGAAGAUUAUUCGCAGCUUGAAAUUGAUCCGGUUGAAUUUGCCGGGACAGUCCGCGAGAGGCACCCAGAAUCAUGUAAAUCGACGAGAGUCUCACAUGAGUCAGAGGAAAGUUGAGUCUACAUCUUCGACGGUGGCGUCUCCGUUUGACACGCCUACGUCGCUGCCUAAUCACCGCCAGCCUCCAGUUUCUGGGACAUCUACGCCGCAAUUUUCCUUAUCUAUGUGGUCUUUCUCGCCUCCACCGACAGCCCCAGAUGGCUCGACCCGACAGGAUAGUACUACCUGCGAGGACCUGACUAGCUUCUUCGAAAUGGCCGGCGGUUUGUACUUUGAUCCUAGGACUGGAGGACACGAGGAUAUAGUCGCUGAGACAGGCGGCGAAGGACUCGACGCGUUUCAUGCGGAGGAUGAGGCGUUGACGAGGGUCAUGGCUGGAUUACUUUAA